AACUUCUGCCUAUGAGUGAGAUCAUCCCAUAUUCAUCCUUCUCUUUCUGACUUAUCUCACUUAACAUGAUUCCUUCACACUCCAGCCAAGAUGAGGUGAAGAACGUGAACUCACCAUUUUUACUCAGCUCCUCCAGAGUUUGUUUUGACAUCCCCAGGCACAAUGACCUGCCCCGACUCCUGAGACAGCUUUUCCAGAACAAGCUACAGGAUGUGGACUUGCACAACUUCAGUCGUGGCCAGACAAACCUGGACAAGCUUAGGGAUGGCCUUGUGGGUGCCCAGUUCUGGUCUGCCUACACUCCAUGUGAGACCCAGGACCAAGAUGCUGUGCGCCACACACUGGAGCAGAUCGACCUCAUUCACCGCAUGUGUGCCUCCUAUCCUGAGCUCGAGCUGGUAACAUCAGUCGAAGGUCUAAAAAACACUCAAAAGUUGGCCUGCCUCAUCGGUGUAAAGGGCGGUCACUCACUGGACAGCAGCCUCUCUGUGCUGCGCAGUUUCUAUCUGCUGGGAGUGCGCUACCUGAGUCUCACCUGUACCUGCAGUACAGCCUGGGCAGAAAGUUCCACCAAGUUCAGGCACCACUACUACACUAAUGUCAUCGGGUUGACAAGCUUUGGUGAGAAGGUGGUAAAGGAAAUGAACCGCCUGGGUAUGAUGGUGGACUUGUCCUAUGCGUCAGACAUUUUGAUGCGUCUAGCCUUGAACGUGUCAAGGGCUCCUGUGAUCUUCUCCCACUCAGCUGCCAGGGCUGUAUGUGACAAUUUGCUGAAUGUUCCUGAUGACAUACUGCAACUGCUGAAAAGGAAUGGUGGCAUUGUGAUGGUGACGCUGUCCAUGGGAGUGCUGCAAUGCGAUCUGUUUGCUAAUGUGUCCACUGUGGUAGAUCACUUUGACCACAUCAGGGCAGUCAUUGGAUCAGAAUUCAUUGGAAUUGGUGGAAGUUAUGAUGGGUCUGGCCGGUUCCCUCAGGGGCUGGAGGAUGUGUCCACCUAUCCAGUUUUGAUUGAGGAGUUGCUGAGGCGGGCCUGGAGUGAGGAAGAGCUUCAAGGUGUCCUCCGAGGAAACCUGCUUCGGGUCUUCACACAAGUAGAGCAGGUAAGAGAAGAAAACAGUGGACAGAGGCCUUUGGAGGAUGAGUUUCCAGACAGGGAGAAGGGAAGAUUAUGCUACAACCACCUCCAAAUUCAACCUCAGAGUGAACAUCUGAAAGUGACCACGGGGAGAACUAAUCAGAGGACCUCAAAAGGCUCCCUACAUGUCCUAGGCAUCAUGGCUGCUGCAGCUUUCUCAGUCUUCAUCUUAUGACUCUGAUGACACAAAGUCUCCUUCCAUUUUUUAUAGUCUUCCAGCUAUAAACAUGUACUCAGAAUAAACAUUUUGGGCAUGAAA